GUGUGUGUGUGUGUGUGUGUCUGCGGUGUUGAUUCAGGCGUGCAACGAGUUCACCACCCAUGUGAUGAACCUGCUGCGGGAGCAGUCCCGGACGCGGCCCAUCUCGCCCAAGGAGAUCGAGCGCAUGGUGGGCAUCAUCCACCGCAAGUUCAGCUCCAUCCAGAUGCAGCUCAAGCAGAGCACCUGCGAGGCCGUCAUGAUCCUGCGCUCCCGCUUCCUGGAUGCCAGACGAAAGAGGAGGAACUUCAACAAGCAGGCGACGGAGAUCCUGAACGAGUACUUCUACUCCCACCUCAGUAACCCCUACCCUAGCGAGGAGGCCAAGGAGGAGCUGGCCAAGAAGUGUGCAAUCACAGUCUCACAGGUAUCUAACUGGUUCGGGAACAAGAGAAUUCGAUACAAGAAAACAUCGGCAAGUUCCAAGAGGAGGCCAACAUGUAUGCAGCGAAGACCGCCGUCAGUGCGACUAACGUGUCGAGCCAGGCAAACUCCCCCUCCACCCCCAACUCAGCAGGUGGAUACUCUUCGCCAUGUUAUCAGCCAGACCGGAGGAUACAGUGACAGUCUGGCAGCCAGCCAGAUGUACAGUCCACAGGGCAUCAACGCGAACGGUGGCUGGCAAGAUGCGCCCACCCCCUCGUCAGUGACAUCACCCACAGAAGGCCCCGGAAGCGUUCAUUCGGACACCUCCAACUGAAUGGUUCAAUCUCCACACCUGCAAAAAUCGAACUGGCCUUGCUCUUCACAGUAUUAAAGAUAAAGGAAUUCACCGGUCCGAGGUUUUUGGGAAGAGCGGGAAAUCCUAUCUCUGGAAAGGAAUUAAAAAAACAAACUUUCUUCUGCUAUGAUGUUGGACAUUCGGGAACUCGACACAAAACUAAAAGAAUAUCACGAUGAAAAUGAAAACGGUUGCGUAUUGAAUGGAGUUGUUUGUACAGAUUACACAUUAUAUUCAGAGGGCUGGGUUUACUUAUUCACAUGUGAUGUUUUCACUCAUGACGAUGAAAUGACGUGAUACCAUUAAUUAAUCAACCCAUUUGGUUUUGACUGAAACUACAUCAUUCUACCUCUCAGCCACAAAAAAAGUACUAAAAAUGUCAGUGACCCAUUAUUUGUUUUGUAAAAAAAAUGACUUUUUGUCUUUGCAAGCAAGAGGCACAUCUUCUUACGUACAUUUUGUUGUCUCUCACCUAUUCUAUGGUACGCCAUUUAGACUUAAAUAUUGAUUAGUUGUUUACAAUGUGUUCUUGAUAAUGCUCAUCUUCCCAUCUGUCUCUGACCAGUCCGAGCCGAUUGCUGUCGGGAGAUAUUACCUCUAAGGUAACCCUGUGACGUAUGUUAUCUGUAAACAAUAAGAAAAAUAAAUACUUGUCAUGAACUCAGAGAAGCUGGAUUGGCCUGAUCAUUCAUUCAGCAGAGCGUUAAGGCAGCGUUAAGUCAGGUGGUUUCCAUAAAGGAAAGUCUUUGUUGCCAAAGUAGGGCAUUGGAGCAAUUCAAUUAACCUGCUUCAAAGGUUGUCUCUUGAAUGUGCUCAAAUUAAACACAGUAAUUGUGAUUCUAGAUUACAUUUUUCAGAACAGCCAAAUUACCAUUUUUCAAUUUAAACGACAUUCUAAUGUAACAUCUUUACCAAUAUAUGUAUUUCUCUCGGCACCAGUCCAAUACCGUGUGCUUACAAUCAGCUGUGAGAAAUACACAUGCACAGAAACGUUAAAAAUAUCAAAUCGAUAAAUAAGGGGGAAAAUACAAAGAUCUACCCUUUUUUCCCGUUCCUAUUUUGUAGUAUAUUAUAUUCUUUGUUUCUUUUGUUGUUGUCGUACAUUCAAUUAGCCUCUAAUUUAUUCGAACCAAUUCAAACAUCACCUUGACAUGGAUGUUGUACAUUAGUCAAUACUUACUGUACUACAGGAAACAAAUGGCCUGAAUCUACACUGUAAAACAAAUCUAGAAUGACACCGUCACAUGUCUUUGGAAGCCCAUUCUGAUGAAGAGACGGAGCGAUGCUGAGCAGAUGUUGCCACAAAUAUAUGUUUUCUUCUUUUUAAGGAAUCUGGGGGAACCUUGACAAAUGGUACCAUGGUUAAAUUACGCUCAUUCAGAUUUUCAAAUAUAUGGUUAUCAAUAUAAAAAAGGAGGAGACAUCUGAUCGUGUCGGACAGUGUUUCACCGGACCCCGUCCUGUUUGUAUACAACAUGUUUUGUGGGUUCCUAUUUUGUGUCCUAAAAGUUGAACGCCUCCCAUUACAUUUUGUGUUGCUCUCCACAGGAAACUUGCUCAACGUGCAGCAUUGUGCUUGAAUAAUGUUCUUAUUUGUUGUUCGACCAAUUAAAAUGCUAUCUUGUGCAGCGGGGAUAUUCAUCAGCGGUUAUUCUUACUUUUUCCGAAUCACCAAAAAAGAUGCAUUUUCAUUACAUCUACACUACCUUCAUGUGCAGGCGUCAGUGGUUACGGAGCUGGAAGUGUGGGGACUAAAGUGAGGCCGGGUCAGGCCCUGCUGAUGGCUCACUUCUAAUGGCUCGUCAUCUACCUGUCUUCAAUAAAGGCACAGAGCUGAUGUAUUAUCUAAUAUAUUUCGGUACAUGAUGAUAUAGGUUAUUAUCUCAAAAGAUUGUGCAUGUGAACGCUCACUUGAAAACACACACACACACACACACACACACACACACACACACACACACACACACACACACACACACACACACACACACACACACACACACACACACACACACACACACACACAAACAAACACACACACACACGUACACAGACACACGUACACAGACACA